AUGGCGUCUCAAAUCACGCUUCUGCUCCUCUUUUUACUUUCAGUGACAGGUGUCGUCGCUUCACCAGCGCCCCAGCCUCGCCCCCUCAUGGACCUUACCAUUGAGGACCUGCCACCCCCAACUGAAGACGGAUUCCCCCGUCCAGCCUGCACAGACCUCGCCGACUGCUUCCCCUGGGCUUCCGACCAGUGCAAGCAAGCCGAGGAAUCAGGCCUCCUCGUCAAGGCCUACUGCUUCGAGGAGUACUGCUACGCCCUCUGUCCACCCGUGUUUCCCACCACCUGGUCUGACUCGGAAGAGGAUGAUGACUAUGAGUACUACGCAGCGGACGAGGCCGAGGGCGAAGAGCGUGAGAAUGCAGAGUGGCAGCAGCAGCAGCAGCAGCUCGAGGAGGAGUUCCUAGCGCUGACCAUCCCUCCCUUCCCGCUGCCGACCAUCUUGCCUCCUGGAGAGGAGCCCACCAAGACCAAGACGCACAAGUCGAAGACGUCCAAGAGUCAUAAGUUCAAGGGUUCCAAGACACCCCAGUCCACGCCUGUCGAGUCCGUCAAGCCGACCGAGGUCACGCUCACUGUGUCAAGCAUUAUCAUCACGAGAUCUGACGUCGCCGGCCCUGUUACGGUAGGGGACGAGAUGAUGGAAAGCGAGUCCAUUGAGCCGACCAGUGCCACGCUCACUGUCUCACGCAUCAUUCUCCCUAAACCUCCCGUCACUGGCCUUGCUACGGUCGAGAAUGAGGCCGAUUCAUCUUCCGACCCGGUGCCGGCCAUCGAAUAG